AUGGAGUCUUUAAUUUGCACUCUCAGACAUCAUACAGAUGAGGUCACCUGCUGUGCCUUCUCUCCAUCCCUCCAGGCGACCUCCUCCGGUGAUAAAACGCUCCGUGUUUAUACCACGGCCGACUUCUCGGAGCUUCCCUUGUCUCCUCUCAGGGGUCACGGCUACGGGGUCCACUGCUGUUGCUUCAGCUCCUGCGGCAGCUUCCUGCUCAGCUGCUCCACAGACUGCUCUGUCGAAGGCUGUGUCCCAAUUCAGGAUUCUCUUCAGAUUCUCUUCAUGUUGCACAAAAUAUGUGCCACCGUAAGCGAGGCCAGCGUCGUGGCUUGCUGCUUCUCUCCGUGUGCCCAGAUGUUUGCGACCGGCUGUACCCGUGGAGACCUCAAACUCUGGGAUGCUCACGCCAGCCUUCUGCACGCUGAGAAGGACGCCCACGACCUGGGAGUCACCUGUUGCUGCUUUGCACCCCAGUUCAUCGUUAAUGGCUGCUGUGUGGAGUUUCGACUGGCCUCCUGCGGUCAGGACAGCCAGCUGAAAAUAUGGAUUGUUUCCCAGCGUGAAGGAGCAGCCUGUACCAUGAAGCUGCUUCAGACUCUCACCAGUCAGACGGCCCCAGUUCUGUCUUGUGCCUUCUCCUCUGAUGGAGAAUGGAUUGUCUCGGGCUCCGUGGAUAAAAGUGUCGCAGUAUAUGAUGCGAGCCUGGGAACCGUGCUCCAAACUUUGAAACAACAUGACAGGUAUGUAACCGCCGUUGCGCUAUCUCCCACCUUUCCCUGGAUUGCAACGGGCUCUAUGGACAGACCGGUAAACGUGUGGAGAAUUGGAGAUGGGGAUGACAGCACUGUAGCUGAAUCAAAGGAGACACGGUGCCAAGGAAGGAAGUUGCCAGGUCACUCCGGGUUGCUGCUCACUGAUUGGUCAGAGGACGAUGUGCAGACUUGGCUGCGUGACGAGGGACUAGUGGAGCUCGUCGGUAUCUUUAAAGCCAACAACAUUGAUGGACCAGAGCUUAGCCAGCUGAACAAGGAAACAGCAGCUGAGCUUGGAAUUGAGUCGGUGGGCCUUCGUGGUCGUCUCCUGAGGAGAAUCGAGGCCCUGAAGGCCGAACAGAAUGGUUCAGAAGCCCCAGAUGAAUUCCUGUGCCCAAUCACCAGAGAGCUGAGGAAGGAUCCGGUCAUUGCUGCAGAUGGCUAUUCCUAUGAGCGGGAAUCUAUUGAGAGCUGGAUUAGAGGCAAGAAUAAAACCAGCCCCAUGACAAACCUACCUCUGCAGACAACACUCCUCACCCCCAACAGGUCUCUGAAGAUGGCUAUAACGCGGUGGAAGUCGAACCAUGAGACAGCAGCUCAGAGUAGCUCAACAUCUGAUAACAAAAGCUGAUUGAAGUAAUUAUGAAUUUGUUCAGGGUGCUAUUCAAGAGUCACAUCUGGCGAAAUGAUCAGAAUCUGAGAUCCCAGAGAAGUUGACUGAUAUUUAUACAGUAAAUAACUAUUUUUUUUUUUUAGCUAUAUUUUACAUAACUGUCAAAUAUACUUGUAUUUAAAGAGAGAAUCUCUAAAGCAACACUGUAACUAUGCAAUUUUAAUGUGCCUUUAAAAAAAUAGAGUGAAGUACAACUCAAAAUCCACUAUUUUUUUUAUCCCCAUUUAAAUUGAAUAAAAUGGGUUUGCUUUCACAGCCUUAUUUGGACUGGCAUGACUAUCAGCAUAUCGCUAAUGGAGGCUGAUGCUAGAACUUUAGAUUUACUGCAUUUAUCUGUGCAACUGGCAUCACGUGUUUUUGACUGUGACUUGAGUUAGCAUUAUCAAAAAUCGGUCAUUAUUUGGCUAAUAUUCAGCAACCUUUAUAUAAUCUUACUCCAGUUAUU